GGUGCAGACGGCUGGCGUUGAUGACGAAUGAUUCGUGUUGCAAGAGCUGUCGCACGAGGACUGCAGCGAGCCACAUAAACAGCUGAAAACUAGUUUUGGAUCUUAAAACAUGGGGAAACAGAAGACUAAGAAGUUUGCUUCUAUGAAGAGAAUGAUCAGUUUAAAAGACCAUAGAAUAAAACAGAAGGAUCGUGCCAAACCAAAGGAAAUGGUAAAAAAAGAUCCAUCAGCAAUCAAGGAAAAAGAAGUGCUAAAAUAUCCUUCAUGCCUGUUCUUCCAGUAUAACACACAGCUCGGGCCCCCAUAUCACAUCCUGGUCGAUACUAAUUUCAUAAACUUCUCCAUCAAGGCCAAACUGGACAUAGUGCAGUCUAUGAUGGACUGCCUGUAUGCAAAAUGUAUCCCCUGUAUUACAGACUGUGUCAUGGCUGAGAUAGAGAAACUUGGGAUGAAAUAUCGAGUUGCUCUGAGAAUAGCGAAAGAUACUCGUUUCGAGCGACUUCCCUGCACACAUAAAGGAACAUACGCUGACGACUGCCUGGUCCAAAGAGUAACACAGCACAAGUGCUACAUUUUGGCCACCGUAGACAGAGACCUGAAGAGGAGGAUCCGGAAGAUUCCAGGUGUACCGAUCAUGUACAUCUCAAACCACAGGUACAACAUCGAAAGGAUGCCAGAUGACUAUGGCGCUCCGAGAUUCUAACGUUGAUGGGUGAUGGAGUGAGAAAUGGACUCGGAGGUCCAGUUGUAAUAUAACUUGAGCCAUAGGUUUUAUUGGUUCAAACUUGGUUCUUGGACUUUUGAGUAAUACUUUUGCUGUAAUAUUGAGUUUUUUUGUCAUGAGGGGUGUUGGUGGAGGUGGAGGGAGGGCGGUGGAGGACGUUGCAUUCAUGAAGAGAACUGCUGGUUCAUCUGUUUUACCAGUUUAUGAUUAUGUAUUGCAGUGCAAAUACAUUCCACCUUUCAAUGUGUGAAAAUGAAUAAAUAAGCCUGGAUUGAUGCA